CGGGCAGCGCAGAGUGCGAGGCUCUUUUGUUCGGCUGAGGGGAGGGCCGUUGGCUGGGGCCUGCGGUACGCCGCUUCAGUUAGGGGCUCCACUGCGGCCACCCGGCUUGCUGCCUUACUGGGCGCCACUCCCCCAGGCGACCCGACGCGACGCGCCAGUAGCGCAGCACCGAUUCUUCUGGGGCUCCUGGGCGCUGCUCUGAGCAGCGUCACCCUUUACACCAGAAAGCUGGCGGGCACUAUGGGGAAAAAACAAAACAAGAAGAAAGUGGAGGAGGUGCUAGAAGAGGAGGAAGAGGAAUAUGUGGUGGAAAAAGUUCUCGACCGUCGAGUGGUAAAGGGCAAAGUGGAGUACCUCCUAAAGUGGAAGGGGUUCUCAGAUGAGGACAACACAUGGGAGCCAGAAGAAAACCUGGAUUGCCCCGACCUCAUUGCUGAGUUUCUGCAGUCACAGAAAACAGCACAUGAGACAGAUAAAUCAGAGGGAGGCAAGCGCAAAGCUGAUUCUGAUUCUGAAGAUAAGGGAGAGGAGAGCAAACCAAAGAAGAAGAAAGAAGAGUCAGAAAAGCCACGAGGCUUUGCUCGAGGUUUGGAGCCGGAGCGGAUUAUUGGAGCUACAGACUCCAGUGGAGAGCUCAUGUUCCUGAUGAAAUGGAAAAACUCUGAUGAGGCUGACCUGGUCCCUGCCAAGGAAGCCAAUGUCAAGUGCCCACAGGUUGUCAUAUCCUUCUAUGAGGAAAGGCUGACGUGGCAUUCCUACCCCUCGGAGGAUGAUGACAAAAAAGAUGACAAGAAUUAAUGCUCCUGAGUACCAGCCCCUGUCACAUCUGACUGGGUUUCAAGUGGGAAGGGAAGGAGUUCUACUUGUCUUGACACCAUAGAAGUGGCUUGAGAAGAUGUCCUUUGAAGAGCCAGUAUAGUUUCUGUGCCCUGCAGCAGCCCAAGUGCUUUAAAGCCGUUUCAAGCUGUAUAGUUUGCACACCCAUCCCAGUGGAGGGGAAAGGGGAUAAGUGUUUCAAGGCAACUUUUCUGCACUUUGCUGAGAAAAGCAAAGGGCCUUCUAUGAAGGACAAAACUUGCAGAAUUGGGUGUGUGGGAGAGCAAAAAAUACUGUAGAUCUUCAAAGAGCAUCUCCACAACCCACAGCCUUCUUCCCAAUAGUGUUAACUCUGCAUUUUUACAGCGUAGCAUGUGUGUAGUCUUUGGCUAUUACUGGUGUAUUAUUUGGGGGAGGGAUGGGGAGGGGAGAAAGGGAGAUGGGUAGCAUCACUUUGAUUAACAUUUGGGGCCUGAUAGGGGAAAUGGUGAAGCAAUGGAAAAGAACAGACAACUAAUGAUUUGCUUCUAUGUCCAGAAUAUUUUACCUUAAACAAAAAAAAAAUGUCAUUGGCACCAUAAAUAA